CCAUCCUAUUAUGCUUUUGUUUCUAACUUAUCUUCUGUUUUCAUACCUAAGACUAUUAGAGAAGCAUUUGAACAUCCACGGUGGCGAGAUGCCAUGAUAGAGGAAAUGACUACUUUCCAUAAUAAUGGUACUUGGGAGUUAGUUUUAUUGCCACAGGAUAAAUUUGUUGUUGGAUGUUGCUGGGUUUUUAUUGUGAAAGUGAGCCCUAUUAGACAGGUUGAUCGGUUGAAGGCCCGUCUAGUUGCCAAAGACUAUACUCAGAUUUUUGGCAUUGAUUAUGGUGAUACCUUCUCUCCAGUUGCUAAAAUUGCAUUAGUUUAUCUACUUAUCUCUUUGGCAGCAAUGCAUCACUGGCCACUUCAUCAACUAGAUAUUAAAAAUGCCUUUUUAUAUGGGGAACUGUCUGAGGAGUAUAUAUGGACCAACCACUAGGGUAAUUGCUCAGGGGGAGUCUGGUUUGGUAUGCCCUUUAUGACGUGUACUGUAUGGUCUGAAAUAGUCUCUAAGGGCAUGGUUUGGACGGUUCAGUAUUGUGAUCCAGCAGUUUGGAAUGAGUAGGAGUGGAGCUGAUCAUUUGGUGUUCUUUCGCCAUGCUAAUGGUAAAUGCAUUUAUCUAGUAGUCUAUAUUGAUGACAUAAUCAUAACAGGAAAUGACCAUGAUGGGAUCAUUCAACUCAAACAGCAUUUGUUCAAUCACUUUCAAACUAAAAAUUUGGGCAAAUUGAAGUAUUUUUUAGGAAUUGAGGUAACACAAUCUAUAACGAGUAUUGCUAUUUUCCAAAGGAAAUUUACUUUGGAUAUACUUGAAGAGACAGGUAUGAUAGAUUGCAAACUUGUAGACACUCCCAUGGAUCCAAAUGUCAGACUUGUUCUUGGACAGGGGGAGCCAUUAGAAGAUCCUGGUAGAUAUCGAAGGCUGGUGGGCAAGCUAAAUUAUUUUAUAAUAACACGACUAGAUAUCUCAUUUGCUGUUAUUGUGGUAAGUUAGUUUUUCCAAGUUCCAUGUAGUGAUCACUGCAAUGCAGUAAUUCCCAUUCUCAAGUAUAUCAAAGGAUCUCCUAGACAAGGUCUAUUGUAUGAAGAUAAGGGUCAUUCACAAGUUGUUGGGUACUUUGAUGUAGAUUGGGCAGGUUCUCUUGCAGAUAGGCAAUCUACUUCAGGAUAUUGCAUUAUGAUUAGAGGGAAUUUAAUAUCCGAGAAGAGUAAAAAGCAAGAUGUAGUUGUCAGGUCAAGUGCAGAAGCAGAAUACAGAGCUAUGGCUUUAGCAACUUGUGAGCUCAUUUGAUUAAAACAACUUCUUCAAGAGUUAAAGUGUGAGAAAGUUAAACAAAUGAAGCUAAUAUGUGACAAUCAAGCUGCCCUUCAUAUUGCCUCAAAUUCAGUUUUCAUAAAAGAAAAAAAUAUAUAGAGGUAGAUUGUCAUUUUAUUAGACAAAAGAUCAAAUCAAGGUGUAUUGCUACCAGUUUCGUUAAUUCAAAUGACCAAUUAGCAGAUGUUUUCACCAAGUCACAUUGAGGAUCUCGGGUCGAAUAUAUUUACAACAAUCUUGGAGCAUAUGAUAUGUACGCUCUAGCUUGAUGGGGAGUGUUGAGAUUGUCUCUUAUCUGCUUAGGUUAUCUACUGUAUUUGAGUAGUUUAAUAGGAUUACACUUCUUAAGUAUAAUAGUUAUCGGCUGCUGUUUUUAAGUAGUAUACUAGGAGUCAACUUUCUAUUUGUAACAUGUAUAUAUAUAUAUACACACUUGUAUAGUUGUGAAUGAAUGAUAUAUACAGAUUUUCUCCCAAAUCUCUCUCUCUCUCUCUCUCUCUCUCUCUCUUUCUCUCUCUCUCUCUCUCUCCAUUGUUCUCACAGAAAACAGUCAUUACAUAGUGUAAUUUUAUAGCUACUUCUAUGUUACAGGUGUUACAUAAUGCACCUUUCCAAGUCACCACCAUAAAGGCCAAUAAAACCAUUAAUGACCUGUUACACUUUAUUUUAAGUGUUUCAGAAAUUUUCCUUCCUUAUUUGGGUUCCUAUGAAAAUAACUUGCCACUUUCGUAUGAUACUUUUAUUGGCAGUUGUCAGUCUUUUUUUAAAUUUAUUUGUUAACUCUAAAUAUGAAAGCCAAAUGAUAUUAUUUGAAAGUAUCUUAGCAAAUAAUUAGUUAAACUAGAACAAGUUUUACUUUGAAUAAAGAUUGUCAAAGUUCAUUAGAAACAUUAGCCUCAUUUUUAGUCAAGUUCAUGAAAAUUUUUAUGCGCUAGAUAAUUUACUAGUCUUUGUCUCUUUGAAAUUAAAAAAAAAAAAAUAAUAAUAAUAAUGGUUGUAGUUGAACCAUUACAUAGCAUGUGACAGCCCGCUUUUGUGGUGCUGCUACCAUGGCCUUCUGAAGUGAAAUCUAGGGUUUUGAGUGCAAGAGGGAAGGGGGAAAAAAGAAGGCAAUGAUACCAAAUCAGGUCUUUCCUUUGCUUAUUGAGAAGUUUUCUCUUGAAGAGCAGUCAUCUCUAAUCUGGCAGUUUGUAUGCAGCAUUCCUGUGGACAUGGUGGCAGAGUUGUUGCCAUGGUUAGCAUCUUCUAUUUCACCUGUUGAAUGCCAGGAUAUGCAUAAGUGCUUAAGUAAGAUAAUCCCAGAAGAGAAGCUUCUUCAGCAGAUUAUUUUCACCUGGAUGGAAGGGAGAAAUGGUACAAAAACAUUUGGAAGUUGUAUAAAUAAUCCUCAGGAUCAAUACUGUACAAAUUCUACUGCUAGUGCAAUUAUUCAUGAAUUCAAUAAUGUGGCAUCUGCAUGCGAGCAAUACAAGAUCGGGAAAAGGAAAUAUAUGGAGUCAAGUAAUGAUGCUUCGGAUACUGUUGGGACACACCCAAUAAAUGAAAUAUUAUUUUGGCAUAAUGCUAUUAAACGAGAAUUAAAUGAGAUAGCUGAGGAAGCUAGAAAAAUACAACUUUCUGGAGAUUUUACUAAUAUAUCAGACUUUGAUGAUCGGUUGCAAUUCAUUGCUGAAGUUUGCAUCUUCCACAGUAUUGGUGAGGACAAGGUCAUAUUUCCUGCAAUAGAUGGAGAAUUCUCUUUUUUCCAAGAGCAUGGAGAAGAAGAAAGUCAAUUUAAUGAGUUUAAGUGUUUAAUAGAAAGUAUUCAAAUGGCAGGUGCAAAUUCUAAUUCAGCUGCUGAUUUUUAUGCAAAGUUAUGCUUGCACGCUGACCAAAUGAUGGAAACUAUACAAAGGCACUUCUACAAUGAGGAAGUUCAGGUUCUUCCACUAGCCCAAAAGCACUUUAGCUUCAGAAGGCAGAAGGAACUUUUAUACCAAAGCUUAUGUGUGAUGCCCUUGAAGUUGAUCGAGCGUGUCUUGCCAUGGUUAGUGGGGUCACUAACUGAAGAUGAAGCCAAGAAUUUUCUAAAAAACAUGUGGUCAGCAGCUCCAUCAUCAGAUACUGCUUUGGUAACACUUUUUACUGGCUGGGCUUGCAAGGGUCGUAACCAGGGUUUAUGUUUGUCUAGUGCAAUUGGUUGUUGUCCUGCUAAAAAAAAUGAUAUUGAAGAAGAUAUUGUUAGAUCACGCUCUGCAUUUGCUUCUGGAUUUUGUUCCAAGGAUCGAGCUGUGUCACUUUGUGGAGAUGACAACAAAAGGCCAGCCAAAAGAAACACUCCUGUAUCAUGCAAAAAUAGCAAUGCCCCCAAUCCAUCUGGAACUCUAAGCUCCCACGAACCAUCUUGUACUAAUCAGUCUUGUUGUGUCCCAGGUUUAGGAGUGAUCAACAAUAAUCUGGGACUCAGUUCUCUUUCUACUACCAAGUCUUUGCGGUCCUUGUCUUUCAGCUCUUAUGCUCCAGCUCUUAACUCCAGUCUUUUUGUAUGGGAAGCAGAUAAUAGCUCCUCUGGUAUGGGGUAUAUAGAACGACCAAUUGAUAUAAUAUUUAAGUUUCAUAAAGCCAUAAGCAAAGACUUGGAGAAUCUGGAUAUUGAAUCUGGAAAGCUCAGUGAUUGUGAUGAGACACUUCUUCAGCAAUUUACUGGAAGAUUCCGUUUGUUAUGGGGCUUUUACAGAGCUCAUAGUAAUGCUGAGGAUGAUAUUGUUUUUCCAGCAUUGGAAUCCAAAGAGGCACUACAUAAUGUGAGUCAUUCAUACAUGCUGGACCAUAAGCAGGAGGAAAAAUUGUUUGAAGAUAUUUCAUGUGUGCUUUCUGAGCUUUCACACCUUCAUGAAAGCUUGCAAAGGGCUGACAUGAUGGAGGAUUCAACAGGAAGUAACAUGGAGCUUCCUGUUGCACAUGGUGAUGAUUGUAUACUGAAGUAUGGUGAACUAGCCACUAAGCUGCAAGGGAUGUGCAAAUCUAUAAGAGUUUCUCUUGAUCAUCAUAUUUUGAGAGAAGAAUUUGAGUUGUGGCCAUUGUUUGUAAGGCAUUUUUCAGUUGAGGAGCAAGACAAAAUAGUUGGCCGCAUAAUUGGUACUACUGGUGCUGAAGUGCUUCAAUCUAUAUUACCCUGGGUAACUUCUGCUCUUACUCAGGAUGAGCAGAACAAGAUGAUGGACACAUGGAAGCAGGCAACAAAAAACACAAUGUUUAAUGAGUGGCUUAAUGAAUACUGUAAAGGACCAACAGAAUCAUCUGUGCAGAAUGAGACAUUAGAGACUCGCAUUACUAGAGAAGACAGGGAGUUUCAAAAGACUUUGGACCAAAGUGAUCAGAUGUUUAAGCCUGGGUGGAAGGAUAUCUUCCGUAUGAAUCAAAAUGAGCUCGAGUCUGAGAUUAGAAGGGUUUAUAGUGACUCAACUCUUGAUCCAAGGAGAAAAGCAUACCUUGUUCAAAAUCUUUUGACUAGUCGCUGGAUAGCUGCUCAGCAGAAAUUACCUCAAACUAAGUCAGGUGAAACUUCUAACGUUGAUGACAUAAUGGGAUGCUCACCAUCAUUUCGAGAUCAGGUGAAACAAGUAUUCGGGUGUGACCACUACAAGCGAAACUGUAAGCUUCGUGCUGCUUGCUGUGGCAACUUGUUUGCCUGUAGAUUUUGCCAUGACAAAGUGAGCGAUCACUCAAUGGAUAGAAAAGCAACAUUAGAAAUGAUGUGCAUGCUCUGUCUGAAGAUUCAGGCUGUUGGUCCAAUCUGCACAACACCUGAAUGUAGUGGAUUUUCGAUGGCAAAGUAUUAUUGCAAUAUAUGCAAGUUUUUUGAUGACGAAAGGACCAUAUAUCAUUGCCCCUUUUGCAAUUUAUGUCGUGUUGGGAGGGGUCUUGGCAUUGAUUACUUUCAUUGCAUGACAUGCAACUGUUGCUUGGGAAUUAAGUUAGUCAAUCACAAGUGCCUGGAAAAAGGUUUAGAGACAAACUGCCCCAUCUGCUGUGAUUUUUUGUUCACUUCUAGUGCAACAGUCAGAGCUUUGCCUUGUGGCCAUUACAUGCAUUCAGCUUGCUUUCAGGCAUACACUUGCAGUCACUACACCUGCCCAAUAUGCAGCAAAUCUUUAGGAGAUAUGGGGGUAUACUUUGGCAUGCUUGAUGCGUUAUUGGCUGCAGAGGAGCUUCCAGAGGAAUACAGGGACCGUUAUCAGGACAUACUAUGCAAUGAUUGUGAUCAAAAGGGCACUGCACGCUUCCACUGGUUAUAUCAUAAAUGUAGACUUUGUGGAUCUUACAACACUCGGGUGAUCAAGAGUGAGACGGCCAAACCCAACUCUUCUGCUUCACAUCAAUGAGAGCUUUACAUUUUGAGGAGUUACUGGCAGUAAUCUGUAUAUACUUGUCAAUUCAAACAAUUUCCCUUCAAAAGGUAUGCAAAUUCUUGUCAUCAUGUUUUAUGUUGUGUUAAAAUGUCACUCUUGUAGAAACUCUUGAAAACAUAUUCACCUGGUUUGAGUUCCUCAUCCUCUGUAAAAUAGACGGAGGAGAAAAAGAAUGCAACCAAGACAAAUUGCAUUUAAAAGUAGAAGCAAAGCAAAUAGAUUUUUUUUUUUUUUUUGAGUACGGAAUGAGCGACUGGGGAAUUGAAUUUGGAUCUGCCAUGUGAGUUAUGAUCAAGCCAGGCUAGGCAAGCAAACAGUGUAUUUGAAAUGCUGCAAAUAGGGUAAUUACACAUGCUAAGCAUGUGGUGUUAUAUUUGUCCUUAAAAUUUAAAUUUUCUACAUUUA